AUGGAGACUACAAUUUUGUGUUUGCCUCGCCGAAAUCUGUCGAGAAGUGUUUUCUUAGGAGAAGUUUGGCAAAUACGAGUGUCUUUUAUUGUUUUUGACGAGGCACAUUGCCUCGCAGAAUGGGGAGAGAACUUCAGACCGGAAUAUAGAGAAAUGGCACAGUUAAGACGUUUCUUUAAGGUUCCCGUUCUGGCUGUGACUGCUACGUGUAUAUCUAAAGUAUGCGAUGACAUCUUGUCGGUACUACAGUUAAACCCCGAAGAAACGGACAUUGUGUCUAAAUCACCUAACAGGGAAAACGUUAUGAUAUGUUGUAAACAAAGAUGUACGUCUGACAUUGAGGUAGAAUUUAAUUGGUUAAUUCAGCACUUGAAAUGUUUCGGGAAAAAGUCGAAGAAAAUUCUCAUUUAUUGUCGUUCCCUUGACAGAGUGUCGGAACUUUUUAUUACUUUGAAAGAAACACUGGGAAUCGAUGCUUAUGCAGAUAAAAUUAAAGACCCUGAUCAUUUACUGAUAGAUAUGUUUCAUAAAUGUACGUAUGAUACUUCUAAAACCCGUAUUCUUCGAUCUUUGGUUAAAGAAGUCAGCACUAUCCGAUGUGUCAUAGCUACUGUUGCAUUAGGAAUGGGGAUUGACGUAAGGGAUAUUGAUGUCAUUCACUAUGAUUGCCCUCAAUCUACAAUUUCGUACUGA